AGUAGAGAAUGAGAAGAUUCAAAGAAGAAGCGAUGGUGGGAGAAAAGGUUGUGAUCAUCAUCAUCAUCAUCAGACUUCUUGUCAUUGUGAACUCCUAAACAUAAAUGAUUAUAUUAACUUUAAACUAGAAAAUUGGUUAAAUUGAUUGUGCCUGAAAACUCAAUUAUAUAACGGAAAGUAUAUCUAAAUGGGAUUGCAUCUUAUCUUAACAGUAGACAAUAAUAUUUAAGAAGAUAUUAUAAUAAAACAUUAAUUGAAGUUGAGAAAUAGAAGAUUUAAAGAAGAAGCCAUGGCAGGAGAGAAGCCAGAAACUUGCAGAAGGCUCACGACAAGCCUUUGAUCAUCAGCAGCACUAGAGCUUCGAAGAAUUAUUUAUUACUGUUCAUUUCCUGUGGUUUUUAUAGUGAUGACUGAUGAGAUGGCAGAUACGGAGAGUUGCAGCAGUAGAGCUGUAGAUUUUGCACCGAGUCAAAGUAGAAAGCUGCAGACACGGAACAAAGUUGAAGUUUAUCAGGAGGUUCUUUGUAGAUUGAAAGAAACAAAUGAACAAGAGACCAGAAAGCCUGGCUUUGAAGAAGAACUGUGGACUCAUUUUCACCGACUCCCGAAAAGGUAUGCCCUGGACGUGAAUGUCGGGAGGGCAGAAAAUGUUCUGAUGCACAAAAGAUUACUGCAUAUGGCACAAGACCCUGCAACUAGACCUGCCAUUGAUGUCCGGCUUGUGCAGAUGCAUUCCGCUUCUUCAAGUCAUUUCAGUGAGUGGGUUCAUUCAAACACUCCGAGAAAAGUAGAUACUGUAUAUUCUGGGUUUUGGAACAACCAGAGCAUGCAUCCACCUCCUGCCUUCGGUUCAACUCCAGAUCCAGAGCUUGUAAAUAUAUCAAAUAGAUCAGAUGUUCAAGAUAAUGAUGUUAGCAUGAAUUCCUAUCGAUUAAACUCUUGGCUAAUGCAUGAAAUUACAAUAUCAACAAAUGAUAAGCCAAAACUUCUCAGUCAGCUGACUUCUUUACUGUCCGAUAUUGGGUUGAACAUUCAAGAAGCACAUGCAUUCUCCACUAUAGAUGGCUACUCCUUGGAUGUGUUUGUUGUGGAUGGUUGGUCACUUGAGGAUGCUGAGCAGUUGAGAAAAUUUCUGGUAAAAGAAAUACCAAAGAAGCAAGAACAAACCAGAAUCUACCAUGUGAAUUUACCAAGAAUUGAUGUUUCGGAAAUUGAUGCGAGCCUUUUGAAAUAUGAAUAUAAAAUUUCAUCUGGAGCCUAUGGUGAUUUGUAUAAAGGUACAUUCUAUAGCCAAGAUGUGGCUAUUAAAGUUCUUACAGCAGAGCAUCUAAAAGAAAAUAUGCAGAGGGAAUUUGCUCAAGAAGUCUAUAUUAUGAGGAAGCUUCGACACAAAAAUGUUGUUCAAUUCAUUGGUGCAUGCACCAGACCUCCAAGAAUGUGCAUUGUUACAGAAUUCAUGUCUGGUGGAAGCAUGUAUGACCUUCUGCAAAAACAAAAGGGCGGUUUUAAGCUUCCAUCCUUGCUCAGAAUUGGAAUUGAUGUUUCCAUGGGAAUGAAUUAUUUGCACCAAAACAAUAUAAUUCAUAGGGACCUUAAAGCUGCCAAUCUUCUGAUGGAUGAACAUGGAGUUGUCAAAGUUGCUGAUUUUGGUGUUGCUAGAGUUCAAGUUCAGUCUGGAGUGAUGACUGCAGAGACUGGAACAUAUCGCUGGAUGGCACCAGAGGUAAUUGAACAUAAACCAUAUGAUCACAAAGCUGAUGUUUAUAGCUUCGGAGUUGUGCUAUGGGAGCUUCUGACAGGAAAGCUUCCAUACGAGGACUUAACCCCCUUACAAGCAGCGGUUGGUGUUCUCCAAAAGGGUCUAAGGCCUCCAAUUCCUAGGCAUGCUCAUCCAAAAUUUGUGGAAUUACUUGAGAAAUGCUGGCAGCAGGACCCCUCUUCGAGACCUGAAUUCUCGGAAAUCAUAGAAUAUUUACAGUACCUGGCAAGGAGCAGGUUGCAGAAGAAGAAAAAAGGACUAGCUGACGAAAAAGUUAUGGGGAAGAGUUGUAAGAGUGUUUAAGCCAGAGACAACCAUUGGAGAGUGGCAAGGAAAUAUCGUUCUUUUGGGUAUAAUAUGAGAUGUUUUACUCUUACUCUUUCGGAGAUAAACAUCGGCACUGGACUUAAUUAGGUGCUUACAAAAGAUAAUAUGAGUACUUAGAAGGAAAAAGAAGAGUUUUGAUUCCAGGCAAAAACUAACAUGUGAGAACGGUGUUUUAAAAUCCGGACUGACCGUUAUGUUCAUGUUUACAUAUUUGACAUCCAGGAUGAAGAGACUUGAAUCUUAUUUGGAAUACAUUGUUUGGGCAAUGGUAUUAUAUAUAUAACAUUAUCCAAUACCUAUAUUUAG